GCGCCGCGGGGCGCCUCAGGGCUGCGGCUCCGCGCUCACAGGUGGGUGGCGGCAGCCGGCGGCGGCGCUUUCGGGCCUCGACCCCUGUGCCCCGGGCGGUGCUGGUGGAGCGGGCCUGGCCGGUGCUGUUGUCAGGAUUGAUUGGUGUUGUUUCAUGGAAGAGGCCUCUUUCACUUGUGAUAACUUUUUUCAUGCUGCUGUCUGCAGUGUGCGUAAUGCUGAACUUGGCUGGUUCCAUUCUGUCUUGUCAGAAUGCUCAGCUGGUAAAGUCCCUGGAAGGAUGUCAGUUGAUCAAAUUUGACAGUGAUGGUGUCUGUGUUUGCUGUGAAAUGCAGCAUCAAACAUCAGGCUGCAGUAACCUGGGAGAAACACUGAAACUCAACCCUCUGCAGGAGUGUAAUACUGUGAGGCUGACCCUAAAGGACCUGUUGUUCAGUGUAUGCGCUCUCAAUAUCAUCUCCACCAUUGUCUGUGCUUUGGCAACAGCAAUGUGUUGUAUGCAGAUGGUUUCUUCUGAUCUUCUGCAAAUGCAGGAUGAUAUCACACAGUUUCUCCCACAGAGGCCCCAUUCUACCAAUCCUGACUGCAUGACUCCACAUGGAACUAUCCUGCAUCAAACCCUGGAUUUUGAUGAGUUUAUACCACCAAUACCACCUCCACCCUACUACCCACCAGAAUAUACUUGCACACCAGUCAUGGAGGCACAGAGAGGUCUCCAUCUGGAAUUUCCUCAUUCCCCGUACAGUGGUUUAUAUGAAGUAACCAUUAACAGCCCAGGAAUGCUAUAUCCAACUGAGCUGCCCCCACCUUAUGAGGCAGUGAUUGGAGAGACGCCUGCCAGUCAGGUUACUGCUAGUGAUCAGCAAGUAUCCGAAUCAAGCCUGGGAGAGAGGAACAUCACCCUGGACUUCAGCACACAAGUUUCUGUUGAGAGCACCUCUUUGAUGGUCUCUGAGGCUGUUGGUAUCCCAGAGCAUAGCUACUCCUCUGAAGAUCUUUGUUCAAUGGAAGUUCAAGGAUCUCUUCAUUCUGCAGAUCUUUCUCCUUACUGUACAACCCCCAAAGAGACUACGGACCAGCCUUGCAGUGCUCUGGAUUACAGCACCCACUGCAAGUUUCACAGAACUCACUCAGAGGGCUUUCCUGAUGAGGGUGACAGUUCCCGCAGCCAAGCCUCCACAGACACGUCUCAAAUACAAGAAAAGAACUGUGCCCGUGGCAAGUCCUUAAACUGUUCCUCAGAGGAUUUCAGCCUCUCAGAAAGAGAACUGCAGAGCUCUGCUCAAGAAAGCAAAGCCACGCCACCUUUGAAGCAGAAGAAAAUCUGCUGUGCAGACUUUAGGCAGCAUCCUGUCCCUUCCCAGACCUCUUCCUGUUUCAUUCCUGCAAGUACUUCGUCAUACCCUAGCAGCCAGGAGAGUGCUGUCCAGCAGCAGCCUGUUACAAAACACCGCAUUUCAAGUAUAGUCCGAUCAGCUAGUGACCCCGUGUCGUGCUCGUCUUUCACAGCAGGUGAUAAUUGUGCCUGGACUCCUGUUUGUAGCCAGCGUCCAGAUGCAGGACUGUCUCCAGCUACAUUAGAAAUGGUUCCUGUUUCUGGUUCUCAUGUGGCUGCCUCUGCUUGUCAGCAUUCCUUGAGCAGUUUCCUAACAACUGGAAAACAGAGGGAUACAAGCAAAAUUGAUCUACACCUAAAGCCAAAGGCUUUACACACAGCCUCAAAAGAGCGACCACAUUCUUUAGUGGACCUUAAAGCCUAUAAAGACACAAAAAUUUUAGUGGCAAAAUUUCUGGAACAUUCAAACUGUAAUUUCCCUCCUGAAGUACGUCAUGUAGUGAACAGCAUACGAUCAGUAAUAAAAUCUGAUGAGAAACACAUGGAAGAAGCCAUCUUCAGUGCCAAUAUUAUAGACCAGGUAAUUACAAGUUCCCAGCUGAAUGUGAAUACCUCUAGAAAGCGACUUCAAGAAGAUCUUCAUCUUCAGAGCUGUGGUGCUCUAAGCUCUCCAGUUGCCUUCUUACGUAGGUCCCACAUCGUUCGCAGUUCCGGGCGGGACAGGCCUCACAGUUUAAUUGGAGUGUGCCGGGAGACCAUCCUUUGAGAAUGCUCACAGGUAUGUGAUUCCAGCUGAGAGCAGUAAUGAAGGAAACCAGGACUGGGAGAAAUACAAGUAAUGGAUGACUUAAAAAGUGUCUUCUCUUGGAAUUCCACUUUUUUCCACCAGCAAGAGGAGAACACUUAUUGUUCUGAAUGUAAAUUUCAGCCCCGAAUUUUUCAAAAUUUUAGCUGAUUUAUUAAUGAAGUCUUAACAAAUGUUUUCCCAACCACAAGUCACUGUACUUAGAAAUGCUACUGAUGCUGUCUGGCAUUUCUUGCAAAGUACUGCAAACCCACCAGACACCUGCUGUACAACUUAAAGGUUGUAUUUAUUUAAUGUACCUCAAAGUGUUUUAACUAUGAUCGUUGUUUUAAUAAAAAGUAUUUCCUGA